AUGAUUAAGGUGGAUCUUAAAAAGGCAUAUGAUUCUGUGGAGUGGGGAUUUCUUGAGUCUGUGCUCUCGGAACUUGGUUUUCCUAGCUUGUUCAUAAAGUGGAUUCUUGGAUGCAUCACUUCUGUUUCAUUUUCUAUCCUUAUUAAUGGUGCUCCUUCGAAGCCUUUUAAAGCAAAGAAGGGCUUGAGGCAAGGGGAUCCUCUGUCUCCCUUUUUAGGUGACUUGACUUCUCUGAAGCUUUUAAUGCAAGCCUUUAUGAAAUUCUCCCAUGCCUCUGGUCUUUCUGCUAAUUUGGAUAAAAGUGAGACUUUUUUUGGUGGAGUUUCUGAUGAUGAAAAUGCUCUGUUUCUCCAAGUCCUUGGUAUGAGUGCUGGUUGUAUUCCUUUCCGGUAUUUAGGUGUGCCUUUAUCUUCAAAAAAGCUCUCUGUUCUUCAAUGUAAGCCCUUGGUUGCCAAAAUAACUUCAAGGGUUGAUAGUUGGGCGUGGUUGGCUGCUUUUGCUGUUUCUGUAGUUGCUGGCAGGUUUCUGUUCUGCUUACUGUUUGGGUGUAGUCUUGAUUUUCUGACAAUUGCUGACACUUGGUGGGUUACUGGCUUGUUGCUACUCUGCUAUCUGUUGUCUGUUGCUCUGCUGCCUGCCAGCUUCUGUUGUUCUGUUGUUUACUCUAAAAGAUGA